GUUUAAUACCGUCUCUAAAUAAACAGCCUACUCGGCAGACAUUGACAGAUGUUUUAAUAAUUUGAUGUUUAUUAUAUAGCUUGUGAAAAGUAAAAUAAAUUAAAAACCAAUGGCAUUGGCAAUGAUUUUAAGAAACACUUCCAGAUCAUUAGUUAUUAGCAAAAUGUAUAAACCUGCAGUCAUAAUCCAAACGAAAAGAUGGUUGAAUCCAUUGUGGAAAGAAAAUAAGAAACCCCUACUUUCAAAGCCAAAAAUUGACCAGAUUUUAAAAAAAGACAUGAGCGAGGAUCACAGUAAAAUGUGGUUUAUAGAAAAAGUGGUAUCAAUUAGUUUAAUAGGACUAAUUCCAUAUAUGUUCCUUAAUCCUGGGGUAAAAUUGGUUGAUGAUGGUGUUUGCCUCCUGAUAGUUACACACAUGUUUUGGGGGCUAGAAGCAUGUGUAGCUGAUUAUGUUCGACCAGUGAUUCUAGGAAAAUUUAUCCCAAAGCUUACAAUGCUCUGUUUAUACUUAUUAUGUUUUGUCGUUGCCGGAGGUUUAAUAAAUUAUAAUCAUAAUUACCGUGGGAUCAGUUGUACUUUUUGUAAAUUAUGGGAUUUUGAAGCUGAGGUUGAUGAA